ACAACUCUUAAAGGCCUCUUCAAUCUUUGAUGAUAACUCAACUAAAGCAAGAACGAUGACCUACUAUUAUUACGGAAGAAGAAGCAACUCAAUCUUUGAUGUCUUCUCUCUAAAUCCUCUACCAUAUCCAGUUCUUUUAGUUUUAGCAGUUAUUUUAAUAUUUCUUGGGAUUUCUUGGUAUUUUAGCUAUGAAGAUAUGGUGGAGGCAGCUGAGGAGCAAAUGAAUUGGCUACUUUUAGCCACACCUCUCCUACUUCUAUUUAUUGUUCGUUGGUUAUCAUCAAUGGAAAACCCAGAUAUGCUUUUUGCUAAAUCACCUUGGGAUUGGAAACGCGGCACCCACCGCCGUCCGCCGGAGGGAAGCUCGCCGUGGGGUGUGGCUGCUUUGAUUGUUUUGCUUCUUGUUUUGGUGCAAUUCCAGUCUGCCUUCCUUGAUAGCUGGUUUUGACACUGAAAUUAUGGUACUGCUUGGUAAUUUUAUUUCAAGAAGUUGGGUUUUCUGUUUUUAAGAUAAUAUAUAUUUACUAAAUAUAGAGAGUUGUAUACGUGUGUAUAGAGAGAGACUUUGUAUUGAAAAUAAUUAAUUAGUAUACAUGAUGAUAUGUAAUUUUGUGGUUUGAUUAGGGUUCUAAUUAUUACUUUCUUUGUUAAUUAUAUGGUUCUUAUGUUAUGAGAUCUUAAUGAAAGUAAAUUUUAACUUAAUUUGGUUAA